GGUGCCAAGUGAUGGUUACGAGAAGUGAGAACUAAUUAAAAAGCAUUUAAAAGAUCAGUGAGUUGUUCCAACUAGAAAUCAAAAAAGCUUAAAUUAUUGUUUGCUUCAGACAUACUUGAACUAUUUUGACAAAAACAAGCUCAUGGACCAGGUUGAAAAUUUUAAACUAUGCUAAGUUCGAAACUUCUGUUACUCUUCUUGUAAGAUAGAGCCAGAAGGAGCAAGAAGAUAUGGAUGCCAUUGAAGAGGUAGAGAUUGUGAUCGUCGGCGGCGGAAUUUGUGGCCUAGCUACUGCUCUUGCUCUUCACAGGUUUGUAUUUUGUGUUAAAUCUCUAAUUUUUAUGUCAAACCAUGAUCUUGAUUUGAUCUAUAAUGUUAGGACCAAUUUAAAAUCGAAUCGUAAUAUGUUAAACAGAAAGGGUAUAAGAAGUGUAGUGUUAGAAAGAUCAGAAACUCUGAGGGAAACAGGAUCUGGUAUUGCAAUCCUUACAAAUGGUUGGCGAGCACUUGAUGAGCUUGGUGUUGGUUCCAAAAUCCGACCAACUGCACUUCCUGUUCAACGGGUAUGUGAUAUAGAUCUUGACAGUGGCAAGCAAAGACAAGCACCAGCCUCGGUUGGAGAAGCCCGCUGUGUUAAGCGAAGUGAUCUAAUUAACGCAAUGGCAGAUGAGCUUCCACUCGGUGCUAUACGCUUCGGAUGUGAUAUAAUUUCUGUGAAUUUGGACUCAAAAACUUCUUUUCCGGUUUUGCAGUUAAGCAAUGGGAGCUCCAUUAAGGCCAAGGCUCUAAUUGGAUGUGAUGGAUCAAACUCAAUAGUCGCUGAUUUUCUUGAGCUAAAGCCGAAAAGAAUUUUCGCCUUGUGUGCGGUAAGAGGAUUUACAAAUUAUCCGAAUGGUCAUGGAUUUGCUCCCGAUUUAACUCGAAUGAUCAAAGGCGAAGUUUUAUGCGGAAGAGUUCCUGUUGAUGAAAAUCUAGUCUUCUGGUUCAUAGUUCAGAAAUUCAAUUAUCAAGGUUCAAAGUUCCCCAAGGACGCAGAGCUCAUCAGACAAUUUUCUUUAGACUCGAUAAGAAACUUUCCGACAGAAAGACUAGAGAUGGUUAAAAAUUGCGAUGUAGCUUCACUGUCUCUAACACAAUUAAGAUAUCGAACACCUUGGGAAAUACUACUCGGAAAGUUUCGGACAGGAACCGUGACGGUGGCUGGAGACGCGAUGCAUAUAAUGGGUCCAUUUAUCGGACAAGGAGGUUCAGCAGCUCUUGAAGAUGCAAUUGUGAUUGCUAGAUGUUUGUCGUGGAAGAUGCUCGAAGCGGAUCAGUUAGAAGAUUCGAGCAAACAAAUUAUGUCUGGAAAAAUUGGAGAAGCAUUUGAGAUGUAUGUGAAAGAACGAAGAAUGAGAUUGGUUUGGCUAUCGGCUCAUACAUAUCUUUUUGGUUCACUGCUGGAAACUACUUCAGGACUUGUGAAAGUUAUGAUUGGUGUUACUAUUUUGGUUUUGUUUCAUAAUCCAACUUAUCAUACUAGAUAUGAUUGUGGUCGCUUGUAAUUAAGAAUUUUAUAGAUCAAUAUUUCAAAAAAAAUUGAUUCA